AUGUUAUUGUGGUGGUUAAUGAAUCUUAUGAUAAUUAUUCCUGGAAUCAAUAUGCUACCUUACCGGACCGACAACAAGUAUGUAAACAACUUCCAAGAUUAUGAUAGCAACAACAACUUGGAUGGGUACUGGGAUGAGAUAACACCCAAUUCUCAAAUGGACAAUAUGAGAAAUGAAUAUAAUACAAACAACUUACAAUACUUAUAUACAGCACCAGAUUAUUCUAGUACGGUUGUGGCCAGUUCUUUCAAACCAAUGAAUGAAGAUAUAGUACAACAAAGUCAACAGAGAGUACCAUAUAAUGUGGGUGAAAUGGAAGAAAUGGAUGGAGCGGAUAAACUAAAAAGUCCGUCUGAUGAUGAUGGUGAUGAAGACAAAUAUCGCCGCUUAGAUUCAUUAGAGAAAAUCUCCGUAUACUAUUAA